UAUGUGACCAUUGACUGAGCAUGUGCGAGGCAGCAGAGAGAUUAUAGCUGCCAUGACUCUGGGCUGUCUUGUAUAUCUGCUACUUGCUGGAAUAUUCGUUGUAGUUCAGGCAUGGAGGAGCGGAAACUUCUAAGUUCAGGCGCAGUCCGUGGAGCGGAGCUGAGUGACUCGGUUUCGGGGGAUUUUGGAGACUUUACGCAUGCUGCUCAUCAGCUGCGGGCCGGGAGACUUUAAAGUUGGAUGCUUUUAAUUUACAGAAAUGACGGAAGUGAAAUGAUAUUCUGUAGUGAACUCUUGAUAUUUUUGGAACAUCUCAAGUGGUCUCACAACAGAUAACCAAGAAGAGGACAAACUCACUCUGUGACAGACUGUGACGCGACCAUUCACACUGUAACAAAUGGCAGAUGGAUAUGAGCAGGCCAGCUCGUCAGAAUUUAUUAAAGACCGCCUGUACUUUGCCACUCUGCGGGUCAAACCUAAGAAUACAGCCAACACACACUUCUUCAGCACAGAUGAGGAGUUCGUAUAUGAAAGUUUUUAUGCAGACUUUGGGCCCCUCAACCUGGCCAUGCUGUACAGAUAUUGCUGGAAACUCAACAAGAAGCUGAAGUCUUUCACAAUGUCUAGAAAGAGACUGGUCCACUACACCAGCUAUGACCAGAAGAAGAGAGCCAAUGCUGCUGUUCUCAUUGGUGCCUAUGCUGUGAUCUAUUUGAAGAGAAGCCCAGAAGAUGCCUACAGGACUCUGAUAACAGGAAACAACACAGGCUACAUGCCGUUUAGAGAUGCAGCGGUCGGAGAGUGCUCAUUUAACCUCACUGUCCUAGAUUGCUUACAAGGAAUCCACAAGGCAUUACAACAUGGUUUCCUGGAUUUUGAAAGGUUCAGUGCAGAAGAAUAUGAACAUUAUGAGCGAGUUGAAAAUGGAGAUAUGAACUGGAUCAUUCCGGGAAAAAUCCUGGCGUUCAGUAGCCCUCAUUCUUGUGGUAAGAUAGAAAAUGGUUAUCCCCUUCACACACCCGAGGCAUACUUCUCAUACUUUUGCCAAAAUGACAUAACGACCGUGGUUCGUCUGAACAGGAAGUUGUAUGAUGGCAGGCGGUUUGAGGAUGCAGGAUUUGAGCACCACGACCUCUUCUUUCUUGAUGGGACCACGCCCUCUGACCUCAUCAUCAGACGCUUUCUGCAUGUGUGUGAAAGUACAGACGGGGCAGUGGCAGUGCACUGUAAAGCUGGAUUAGGCCGCACGGGCACUCUGAUUGGCUGCUACCUGAUGAAGCACUUCCGGUUUACUGCAGCUGAGGCGAUUGCUUGGAUCAGAAUUUGCAGACCUGGAUCUAUCAUCGGGCCACAGCAAAACUUCUUAGAAGAGAAGCAGCACAGUUUGUGGGUUCAGGGUGACGUGCAUCGGUCUAAACAGAAGCUGGUCCAACAGAGACUGAGUCGGCAGCAGCAGCUGCAGCAACAGCAGCUUCACCGCUCUGACUCUGUGCAGGGAGGGAAACAGGGGCCAGUGUCCUCCCUGCUUUCCAGCAUGGAUGACCUGUCAAUCAACACCGUCCUCUGCAGGUCAUAUAGCACGGAUGAGAAUAACUGCAAAGAAGUCAGUCUGACACAGGGAGACAAACUCAGAGCACUGAAGGGAAAACGGCCACCGAGAUCAGUGUCAUCCUCCUCAAGGUUAAACCUGUCCAAGACUUCACCCUGCUCCAUCCUCCCUCCCCCCAAGCCCUCCAAAGUCCACCUUUCCCUCACCCCCUCUUCUACUAAAAGGCUGGUACGAAGUUCCUCUACCACCACUGCUCGACACAUCAGGAGUCCCUUCAGCCUCAGUUUGUUCAGCACCAGGCCAGCACUGAUUCACUGACUUCACACCUGGGACGUUCUGGUCUGGUCAUGAAUCAGCCCGGCUGAUGAUGGACUUGCUGAAAACUGGAUCAGCUCUCUUGCAACGUUUGGUCGUUUAAUAGGCCUUAAUUCCUUUUUUAGCCCCAAUAACUACUUUUCAUUUUGACAGACAGAGCCAACAGUUUGUCACCACUUUAAGGGCUGAUUAACUGGUCACGUGAUCCAUUCUGUGGUAAAAGGACUGACACCAUAAAUUAUCACGUCUCUUGGGUAUAGCAGGCAGGUAACUGUUAGAAACUGCUGCUGCAUAUUGCAUAUAUAACAUCUGCUAGAUGCUGAAUGUCCUGUUUUCACAAUUAUUUUGCUGGAAGCAAAAGACACGUGCAGGUGCAAAGACCAAACAACGCUAACAGGGGAUAAAAGGUUGUGGCCAGAGGACAGAGUCAGAUCAUCACCAAGAGCAGUUUGGUGCUUCUGAUAAACGGCUGCUGCCAUUUGUCCAUCCAAAGUUCAGAACCACAGGAUGUAGACGGCCUGAAGCGCCUCAAUGCAUUAGCAAAGCGAAGGUUAUCACAUCUGCUGUGAAUUCCUUCUAGAAACUUCAGCGCAGAUUCAAAUCAUGGUUCUUCAUGUUAACGGUGCACAUAAAUCACAUUAGUGUCUCUUAACAGGAUUCAUCCCGCCACCUCAGUACACUCUGGAAUGGUUUGAUGAACAUGGAAAAACUGCAGAUACCCUCUAUCUCAGUCUGAAU